AUGCUGCCGCGGGCGCCGUGGGGCGAGGCAGCGGCGGCGGCACCGGCACGGCGCGGAACGGAGGAUGCGGCCACGGUGGCGGCGGCAACGGCAACAGCAGCAGCCGGCGGCGGAGGAGCGGGGAGCUAUGCGGUGCUGCGUGGCGGGGCCCUGGCCGCACAGCGGGGGUGCCCUCACCACCCUCCUGCUGACAGCUUUGUUGUUAAGCUCUGCUGAUGGCAGUAAUGGAACAGUUAACUGGACGACUAAGCGAGCCCACAGUUAUGUUAUCAGCAGAAUAAAGGCUGUUGAGAAGAAUGUGUACACAAUUCUGUCCAAGGUGCACUCUGAUCGGAAUGUUUACCCUUCUGCUGGAGUUCUUUUUGUUCAUGUUUUGGAGAGAGAGUACUUUAAGGGGGAAUUUCCUCCUUACCCAAAGACUGGUGAAAUCAGUAAUGAUCCCAUAACAUUUAACACCAACCUGAUGGGUUACCCUGACAGACCUGGCUGGCUGCGCUACAUCCAGAGGACGCCAUACAGUGAUGGAGUGCUCUAUGGCUCACCAACUGUAGAAAACGUGGGCAAGCCAACCAUCAUUGAGAUCACGGCGUAUAACAGGCGGACUUUUGAGACAGCGAGACAUAAUUUGAUCAUUAAUAUCAUGUCAGCAGAAGAUUUCCCUUUGCCCUAUCAGGCAGAGUUCUUCAUCAGGAAUAUGAAUGUAGAAGAAAUGCUGGCAAGUGAGGUUCUUGGGGACUUCCUUGGGGCAGUGAAAAACGUGUGGCAGCCAGAGCGCCUGAACGCCAUAAACAUUACUUCAGCCCUGGACAGGGGAGGGAGAGUUCCACUUCCUAUUAAUGACAUGAAGGAGGGUGUCUAUGUGAUGGUUGGGGCAGAUGUUCCAUUCUCUUCCUGCUUAAGAGAAGUGGAAAACCCCCAGAAUCAGCUGAGAUGCAGCCAAGAGAUGGAGCCUGUCAUAACCUGCGACAAGAAGUUCCGUACUCAGUUCCACAUCGACUGGUGUAAAAUCUCCCUGGUUGACAACACAAAACAAGUUUCCACCUUUCAGGAAGUGAUCCGUGGAGAGGGGAUAUUACCUGAUGGUGGAGAAUACAAGCCACCUUCUGACAGCCUGAAAAGCAGAGACUAUUACUCGGAUUUCCUCAUCACCCUGGCGGUGCCCUCGGCAGUAGCAUUGGUGCUCUUUCUAAUCCUUGCCUACAUCAUGUGCUGCCGACGGGAAGGAGUGGAAAAGAGAAACAUGCAAACACCAGACAUCCAGCUGGUCCACCACAGUGCUAUACAGAAAUCAACCAAGGAGCUCCGUGACAUGUCUAAGAACAGAGAGAUAGCCUGGCCUCUUUCAACACUGCCUGUGUUCCACCCAGUCACGGGGGAGAUUGUGCCUCCCCUGCACACAGACAGCUAUGACAACACCAGUAUGCCUCUGAUGCAGACCCAGCAGAACCUGCCACAUCAGACUCAGAUUCCACAGCAGCAGAGUGCAGGAGAAUUUCGUAUGACAACAUUUCAAAGAUUUGAGGUAAAUGGUAUUCCUGAGGAGAGGAAGCUAACAGAAGCAAUGAAUCUGUAAUCAGAGGAGGCAGCAAAUUGUUUUACUUCCUCAUUUGUCAGUUGGUGCAUGAGUUUUUCUGGUGUCUGUUCUGCAUGCCCACAGUAUUGAGAUGAUUUCAGUGCCAGAGAGUGCAGUCACUUCGUGGAGCUGCUGUACUGUAUCCUUUUGUACUUGGGACAGUUUGUAAACCCUGACAACUUUUUAUAUUUGGUACCUUCAGAAAAUAAUCUUUCAUAUAUAUGUAUUAAUAAAUAGCAACGUUUGUUCUGGUUGGGUAUCUCCUGGAGAUUUUAACAAGGAAAUGAACACUUCAAAAAGAAGAACCAGGUUCAAAAGAUUUGAACCCUGGCAGUGUUCAGAGGCAGGCUGGAUGGGGCCUUGAGCAAGAUGGUCUAGUAGGAGAUGGAUGUCCCUUCCCAUGGCAGGGAUUUGGAACUAGAUGGUCUUUAAGGUUCCUUCCAACCCAAACCAUUCCAUGAUUCUGUGAUGAUUUCAAACUGUUCAAUGGGAUGAUGGAAUUGCCUUGUAUUUGCUGAUUAAAAGCAGCAAUGUAUAAGCAUGAAAACUUGUGCAAUAUGGUGAGGCUCAGCAGUAGCAUUCCAGAUGCAGUAGACACUUCUUUUGUAGAGAUUACCAAACCAAAAUGAGCAAAGUUAGCUUGGGGGAAGAAAAACAACCACAAAGCAAGAAGCAAACCCCUGAAACCAUUCCUGCUGAAAAUGAGAUUUCUGUUCCUCUAUCAGAUCCUUCAACCCCCUGAAACCAUUCCUGCUGAAAAUGGCAUUUCUGUUCCUCUACCAGAUCCUUCAGAGCCCUGAAACCAUUCCUGCUGAAAAUGACAUUUCUGUUCCUCUACCAGAUCCUUCAACCCCCUAAACCAUUCCUGCUGAAAAUGGCAUUUCUGUUCCUCUAUCAGAUCCUUCAGAGCCCUAAAACCAUUCCUGCUGAAAAUGGCAUUUCUGUUCCUCUACCAGAUCCUUCAGAGCCCUAAAACCAUUCCUGCUGAAAAUGGCAUUUCUGUUCCUCUAUCAGAUCCUUCAAACCCCUAAACCAUUCCUGCUGAAAAUGGCAUUUCUGUUCCUCUACCAGAUCCUUCAAACCCCUAAAACUCUUCCUGUUGGAUUUCCUUUCCUUUACCAGCUCCUUCACCAACUUGUAAGCAAUAAAUAUUUAAAAUCUGUCCAUUCAUUCCUGUGGUUGUGUUGGAAGAAACUGUUCCAAACCACUGUAGGCAGAAAUUAAAUGUCUGCAAGUAACCAAGGGUAGAUUUUGUUCUUGUGUAUAUAGAUGGACCAACUUUUAACUCUUUUUUUGUUUGUGAUAUUCCUGAUGUAGUCUCUUUUUUAUAUCCUCCACGUUAUUUGUCUUGUUUGAAGCAAAAGGAGUUAGGGAGAGCAAAAACCCAGGGAUUAUUUUUUUUGCAUCUUAAAAAGGAGUUGGUUAAAUGUGUGGCUGCUGUGAGAGGCAUUUGUGUAGCUGAAAGCUUAAUAAUGGAACUUUGUUAGAAGAAACUGAGCUUAUUUCCUUAUUAUUCCCUUAAAUUAUCACCAUUUACUGAAAAAAAAAUCUCCUGAUGUGGUUUGGCUUACUUUAAAUUAGUCUAAAUUGCUCCAAUAGUUCAGUCUCUGCUGUAACAGCUCACACCAACAAAAGUAAGAUCAGUAAGACCUGGGGCUUUACCUUGAAGCAUUCUGCUGUUUGAAGCUGACCCUUGUGCUUUGGCUCUCUCCUGCAGUGUUUUCUCUUUCAGAAGCUGCAAGUUGUUCUUCAGGACACUGCAUUGGAAGCAGAAAGCUGUGUGUGCUUUAGCAUUGCUAAAUGCUGCCUGUGUUUCCUUAGCUGAGCUUUCUGACGUCUCUGCUAAGAGAAAUUUGUGUAAUUUAGGAACUUGAGGCUAAAAAGAAACUGUAAAGUAAGGAUAGUAGGGUUUGUAAAAAGACCAAAGCAGUUACUGGCUUUUCUUUCCCUCCCCUCCCUGCCCUCUUCCUUCAAAAUACCAAACGUUAUUUAUGUUAAAGAGACUUUCUGCAAAGGCAUGGAGUGACAGGAGCAAGAGUGACAGCUCCAAACUAGAAGAAGCUGGACUGAGAUGAGACAUUAGAGGAAAUUCUCCCCCAUGAGGGUGGUGAAGCACUGGGACAGGUUGCCCAGAGAAGUUGUGGAGGCUUCAAGCCUAGCAGUGUUCAGAAGGAGGUUGAAUAAGGCCUUCAGCAAUUGUGGCUAGUAGGAGGUGUCUCUGCUGACGGUGGGAUGGCUGGAACUACAUGGUCUUUGAGGUCCCUUCCAAGCCAAACCAUUCCAUGAUUCUAUAAUCUAGCCAUGGGAAUCAUACCAGUGGUUGCUGUACUAUGAGAAGUAGCUUAAGCUAAGUUGAAGUGUCUGAGACAGCUGGCAUAAAGAACCAUUCCAACUCCCUUUCAAGGUAGCACUCCUGACACCUACCUUGUCUAGAAGGUACCAGGCAGGAGCUUUCAGCACUCAGCCAGCCUCCUAAGAAACCUCUCCUUUUGUCCAGCAGCUUGGGUGGUCAUCAGAGUACAAACAGCAUUUGGUUUCUCCUAGUUUCUCCUGCUGUUUUCAGCUGUAUGAGCUUCAGUGCUUUGGAACAGAAAUGAAUGGAAUGGAUUUUAAAUACUGGUUUCUGCUGCAGCCUAAGACUGACCUUUGUAAAUAGUGUUGGGUUUGGACCCUAACAGGUUCUGAUGUGACAAUCAACUACCAGUGGAGCUGCUCCCAGCUUAAUAUCUUAAUAUUCACCAGUGCCAAUAGAUGUAAGGAGAUUCCUUAAAGUGUUCUGUACACCUUAAGGAAAGUUUGUACCAGCAGCUGCUCCACUCAACCCUCAAAACAAUCUGAUGAUGUAGGUGACUUGGGUAUUAGGCACACCCAGAGUGUUUUAUAGUUGAGAGCUUCAUUUACUUGAGGUACAUUUAGUAAGAGAUGAUUUAUUUUUACUUAUUCAAACCAUUACUCUGAAAGCAUAGAUUUAUAAAGCUGGCUAAAGACACUUAAUGGCUAAAGAUUACUGAAGUGCUGAUAGUUAAGAGCAGUACAUUCACAACCCCUUUUAAUGGCAGCAUGAACUGCUGAUGCAGUGGGAGGCAGCUGCAACCAAAUGAACUGAAAAGCACUCCAGCUGCCUUUGUGUAAAUACCUGAAAUGUAACAUCUAAUAAACAGGAACACACGAA